AUGUUUGUUUGGUCUGAUGUUAAAACAAAUGUUGAUAGAAAAAGCGAAAAAUCUACUUUAUGGUCGAACUUCGGUACAAACAUCCCUCACAUCGUUUAUUGCGUGAGUAAGGGAUUACUGAUCAAGAUAAUUUAUGGGAAACAAUCUCAAGUGGAAGAUGGCAGAACUUACUUAGUGUGGAUUUGUAUCAAGGCGAUUGUUUUGCUGGUCUUUAUUUCGCAUUAUAUUUGUGGCCACCCACAAUUUACAUUAAAAUCAUAA